AUGGAGAAGCUGAACACUGAAGAUGGACAGCUUUUCGUCAAGAAUCUCGCUAGUUUUGUUCGAACGCAUGAAAAGGCCCUCGCCAAUGCCCUUCAAUUGAAGCGGCAGCCUGCCAAAAAUGCACAAUCUACACAUUCCUCGUCGAGCUCCGCCGCGAGCUCGACAUCCACCGGUUUAGCGGCGGCCUUGUCCUUCGGGGCAUUGAAAUUCGCCUCGCAGAGCAUCAAGCCUGCCAAACUCACCCUCACCCCCCAUCACCUCUUCUACCUCCUAUCUCGCUUCGAAGACCUCUCUAUAUCCGUGGGCCCCAUGAGUGUAAGACUGGAGAACAUCAACAACGAAGUCUCCCAAUCCUAUGUCUCUUUCUUGAACAAGCCUCAGCGGUCCCGGGGUGAUCGAGACUCGAUUCACUCGGUAUCAAGUGUCCGUAGUGUCAUGUCUGGUAUGAGUGCUAUCUGGUCGUCCUUUGGUCUAGGAUCCAAGGAUACAGUCUCUAAAUCAGAAAAGGCCAAAGCGGCUCUAGAAGCGGAUACUAAAUACCUUUACUCUGCCUUCACAAAGAUCCCUUGUCUCCGUUUAGCCCCGGACCGUCGUGCCCGCUUGAUCCGCGGAUAUGAAGAGUUCCCCUUCGACACGGCCGUUCCUCUCCACGCCUUUAAGAACCUGAGUGCCCUAGAGAUCAUCGACUUAGACUACCGCUCGUUCUUUGGUUGGGACCGACUCUCGGAGCAACUCCUCACGCUGACCGUCAAGAGGGCCAACAUUGAUGACCCGGCGGAUCUGCUCACGCGAAUUGUGCUGGACGACAUUGAUAAACGUCGACAUCGGUCUUCCAAGAACCAGCCAUCUCCCGUGCUCGGAUGGACUGGAAACGCCAACCCUCAGCCGUUGAACCGGCCUGAGAUCCCCAGCUCUCUCUCCGCUCCUGGAUCCCCAGUCACCGAUACAGCCUUCGGAACCAGCACCAGUCCCCAGGCAACGUCCAUGAUCCGAGUGGGAUCCGAAGGUGCCAAAGUCCGCACCCGAACGGGAAGCAUCUCUCCUUCCCGCCCAGUCAGCUCCAAGCACUCCGUCUACCGUCAUACUCGAAACAACCCUUCGCGGAUCAGGCGCACCGGCUCCGGUAGCUCCAACUCCAGCGAGAACUCCGGCUACCGCAACGGCAGCUCUUCCAACCUUCCCUCCGGCGCCCUCCCACCUUCGAAAUGGCGCUUCCUUCGUCACCUCGGCCUCCCGGAUAAUUCUCUGACCUCGAUCUCCGCUGCCGGCCUGGUCCCCGUUGCCAACACGCUCCAUUCGCUUGAUCUGUCGACCAACCUCUUCACUGAGGUCCCCGACAGUCUCGCCACCCUUGUAGCGCUGAGGGCGUUGAACCUGUCGCACUGCAUGAUCGAAUCUCUUCAUUCCAUCUCCCGAAACCCCCUUCCCGCUAUCACCGCUCUGAACCUCCGCGGCAACCGACUUCGCUCGCUGGCAGGCAUCGAGCGGCUGCUUUCCUUGGAACGGUUGGACCUCCGUGACAACAACCUCUCCGAUCCGACCGAGAUUGCCAGACUCACCAGCCUCCCUGAGAUACGGGAGAUCUGGGUGUCCGGGAAUCCCUUCGUGAAGACACACUCGGGUUACCGCGCUGUGAUCUUCAACCUGUUCCGUCGCACCCCCGGCUACUCGGAAGAUAUCAUCAUCGAUAGCUCCGGUCCGGGGUAUACCGAGCGAAAGCAGCUGGUCGACCGCGCUGCCGAGCCCGAAGGUGCACCCGUAAUACGGUCCACAGCAGCGGAUCACUCAGCCAUCGUCAGCAAACCAUCUAACAACACUGUCGUGCAGAGCACCCCGGUCGUCCAGGCCGACGACGAGCAAGUCGAGGAGCUGUUGCCGCCAGUCGCCAACACCGAGCAGGGGUUGGUGGCCACUGGUCGGCGCAAGAAGGGUUAUCGGCGGCGGAUUGCCGAUCAACCUGGAGAAUAUCCUUCUUCUACCCAUGGUAAUGAGGCCCCAGGUGCAGUCGUGCCUUCUAUUCUUUCCGUUCAGCAUUUUCAAUUACCCGUUGAUCCGUUUAUCUCGCCGUCCACCGACCGUCAAUGGAUAUCUGAUGGUGGAGCCCAGAACAGGCCCCGUGACACUUCCAGCCUCGGCAAGAUCGACCUGGCUCAUGACCAUCGCGCAGUACAACUGAACGAAACCCUGGCUUUACAACGCACCCUGCAGAGUGUGGAUUGGAAGGCGGACGGAGAGAUCUUCAAGCAGCAGUUGGAAGCGUUGAAGCACGAAGUGGGCAACAGUUGGCUGUCCAUGCUGGGAGACCGCGCUUGGGAAGUCCCACACCGAGAUUUCACUGUGCCUCGCACGGGUGCCGAUCUCGGUGAUUCGUCCAUCAUUCCUGCCGACGCACUGACUCGUGCAAGCACCCAGCCUAUCCUUACGGGAGGCCACACUCUCGGGUAG